UCCCGCCUUUUCCGCAGCCGCCGUGUGAGGGGACGGGACGGCCUUUGCAGCCGGUCAUGAAGUGUGUCAUUGCGGGGGCUCACCUCAGAGUGUUUGGAAGAGCAAUACAUGCCAUAGCACGUAUUAGUGAUGAAUUUUGGUUUGACCCCAUAGAAAAAGGUCUUGCCUUAAGAUCAGUGAAUUCUUCAAGGUCAGCAUAUGCAUGUGUCUUCUUCUCAUCUGUGUUUUUUCAACAUUACUGCUGGACAGCUGUCUCUCAGCCAUGUCAGAAGGAAAAACAGUUAUCCCUCCCGUGUAAAUUGAUAAUUAAGUCCGUUCUUCCUGUAUUUAGAUGUGUGAAUGUGCUGGAAAGGAAUGUAGAGAAAUGCAGCAUUUAUACAAAUAUUAAUGAUCAUCACAUAACUUUCCAGCUCCUCUGCAAACAUGGUCUUGUAAAAACAUAUAAUCUGACAUUUCAAGAAUGUGAUCCGUUACAGGCUGUUUUUGCAAAGCACAUGUGUCCCAACGUACUUAAAGUGCAGUCCAGGCUGCUGGCUGAUAUAAUGAUUCACUUUCCGACCAGUCAAGAAGAAGUAACCUUAUCAGUUACUCCGAUGAAAGUUUGUUUCAAGAGUUACACUGAAGAAGACACAGAUUUUUCAAAGACAAUGAUUACUGAAAUCCAACUAAAUCCAGAUGAAUUUGACUACUUUCAAGUUGGAGUUGAUUCUGAAGUGAUGUUUUGCCUUAAAGAAUUGAGGGGACUGCUAGCAUUUUCAGAAGCUACCAGUGUUCCGCUCUCAAUCCAUUUUGACAUCUCUGGAAAACCAGUUGCUUUCAGCAUGGACAACAGGGUGCUGGAAGCCAGCUUUAUUUUGGCGACCUUGUCUGGCAUUGAGGAGGAGGGAGCUUCUCACCAGCCUGCCAGCUUCUCACAGCCGCAGGAGAGCUCUAAGACACAUACAGCUAAAUGUGAGAAAACCUCCAUGGGUGAAGAGAGCAGCGUGGAGGUGGUCGCCUCCCGAAAGCCACAGUGGAAUGGAAACACACCGAACGCCGGGUUGGCAAAACCGGCAAGUCCUUUGUCAAAACAAGAGAUGAAAAAUAUUCCCAGAGCCACAAAGAGAGAGACGACGGGCACGGAAGGGACGGCCACAACCGAGGCAGAGGGCGGCGUGGUGCUGGGAGGAGAGGUGGUACAGUCUCCUUGUCAGAAGUUUCAUUCCUUAUUUUUUGGAGCAGUUUCUUGUAAGGAGAAGGAUGCCACCAGCCACACUUUCCACAGUUUAGCAACAGCUAGUGACACCGAAGAAGAUUUUGGCCCUGUGCAGAGCUCCCAUGUUCUCUAGGGGCACGAAGCAUCUGACUCCACGGAAAGACUCCUGGGGCUUGCCUUAAGGGAUAAAAGCGCUUUGACGUGGUAAUAGUGGAGCUGGUUCUAGUUUUAGAAAGUUUAGUUGCAGUUCUGCAGCGAGUUAGAACUCGAGAGAAACUCUUUGUAUUCUGACAUCCUGCAGUGAGCUGUGCUUCACAAACCCACCCUCAGAGCACCCAGAAAGCAGGAAUCCUGCUCAAAGGGGUCCCAGUUUUGGGUAGGUUUUUUUUUUUUUAAUUUUUUUGCAAGACAGGUAUUGGAAAAGGACAAAACUCAACCCAGUACUGAAUGCUUUCUCUGUUCCUGCUCUGUCAGGACAGGUUAAGAGUUUAGUCACUGUUGAUGUUAACCACCAGAGUCACUCUAACAGUGUUCACUGUUGGCCUAACGCAAUGAAAAUUUCGGUCAUGAUUGCUGAGAUGGGAUUUGGGUGCUGUGGACAUGGCUCUCUAGUACCUGCUCACCAGAGAAUUCAACGUGCAGCACCACUUCAGGCAAAUUAAGCUGCUGUAAAGUGCUGGAAAAAUAAACCCAGCCGAACACAUUAUUGCUAGAACAGAGCUGGUAUUUUUACAACAGUGUAGGACUAACAUUUAACUGGGUGACCAAAGUUAUUGUAGAAAUGCGUUAAAAAAUAAAAGUGAUGUUUGAAAGCA